CUCAAGAAACUGCAACUACUGGAGGUGAUACUUUGACUUCAAAGCCAGUCUGUAGGUCACACAUUGGAGGAGCUGCUGCGCAUGUGCAUGUUUGCACAUGUGCGGUCCAUCAUGUGAGAUACUAUUGAUUGUAUGGAAGAGACUCGAGGCUGGCAGUAAAACACAGGGAGGGAAAUACACAACACAUAGGGGACCUCUUGGCUGCUGAACAAGAAGGAGUGCGCCCAUGAAGGGGUCAGGGGGCUGAACAGUUUAGUCCACAGGGAAAGAAUGUGGAGAUGUCCUUGAAAGUGGACAAAAGAAGUGCCAGUCAGCACACGCUCACCCUGCUGCAUAACCAAAAUGUUGAAGCCAAGGAACUAUAAAAUGGGGGCAAAAUGGAGAAAGAGAAAGAAACAGCGACGAGAAAAAGACGCAAAGACAAACAAACCGGUGGCAAAACAAGAGAGAUGGCUCGCAGAAAGACUAGUGGAAGCAAACUCCUCAUGACGGUGUUGUAUAUGGUGGCAGCGUGCAGUGCCAUCCCCAUCAGUGACCUGCUGGACCGAGCCUCUCAGCGCUCUGACACACUGCACUCCCUCAGCACAACACUGACCCAGGAGCUGGACUCUCAUUUCCCUCCUAUUGGCCGCAUGAUCAUGCCCCGCCCCUCAAUGUGCCACACCUCCUCUCUGCAGACACCAAUUGACAAGGAGCAAGCUCUUCAAGUAUCAGAGUCAGACCUGCUGUCAUUGGCUCGCUCCCUGCUCCAAGCCUGGGUAGACCCCCUGGUAGUCCUGUCCACCUCCGCUAACACCCUGCCUCACCCUGCCCAAAGCAACAUAUCUAACAAAAUCCAGGAGCUGCAGCAGCACUCCAAGAACCUGGGAGACGGCCUGGAUAUCCUAUCUGGCAAGAUGGGCCCAGCGGCUCAGACCAUCUCCUUACUGCCCUACAGAGGAGGCAAUGACAUCGGCCAGGACAAGAUUUCCAAAUUGACCAACUUCCAUUUCCUGUUGUCCUGCUUCCGCCGGGACUCGCACAAGAUUGACAGCUUCCUGAAAGUCCUCCGCUGUCGGGCGGCUAAAUUGCUACCUGAGAUGUGCUGAAGAGUGAGGCAGCCAGCUUGAGGGAUGAUUUUUUUCCCAAACUUGCCGUCCAAAUAGUUUAACACAAACUACAAAUCUCAUAUUUGCGCUAAUAUUCCUCUUGCUUUCAGAAGGUGGCGAUAAGGAGCAGUUACAUGGCACGCACAAAAAUCUUUUCAUCAUCUUUUGUUUGAAGUGACACAUUUUAGACAUCACAGCGCAAGAACAUUAACAUCAUCGAUCCUAUUCUCAAUUUGAAUGUAUAUUUGCCAAGAUAUAAUGUCAAACACAUGGUAUUAUUACCCUUAUUGAUUUUGUUGGAAGUUUUGCCCUUGUACAUUCACCAAAGGGUUUACUUCUUAAACAGCUUCCUUACUGACUUAAAGUCAGUGGUUAAACAAGUAGGUAGGGGAGCAGCACAUUGAACCUAGGAGUUUAUACUGUGGUCCAGUCUUACUAAUGGGUCACAGGAGGACAAAGCACGGUUUAUACACUUCCCCAUAUGUUUCCAGCUGGUCUGGCAAAAUUAACUGACCACAUUGUGGUCACAAACUGAGGUAAAUCUGUAAGUUAUUUCUCCUGUGACACUUCCUUGUCCUUUAUACCCUCAAAGCCAAGCUGCCAAAAGAGCUUUGCAGUGGUAGGCAGGGUGUUAUUAAGUCAUUCUUCACACUGGAAGGCAAGGCUUCUGUAGAAUAUCCCUUUCUCUUACUAACUAAGCUUGUCUCAUGAAAAACUGCAGCAUUUUUCAUUUUAGAUUUAAUGACACUUUCUUGAAAGCUUUUUGCAUGUGAUGUCCAGCAAUUAAAACAUUUCUUCAAAAUCUCUAUAUCAAUAAAAAUCUCUUGCACAGUUAA